AUGCCGUCUGAGGCCGAUGACGCGAUUAAAAAAGAAGCUGGUCGUUUGUACACUUCCAUGUUCGGUAAACUGUUAGAAGAUGAUGACGAAACGCCAUCACGAAUUGCAGAUCGAUUGUUUCUUGGUUCUGCUCCCGAUGCUCGUAAUUCAGACAAAUUAAAAUGUUAUGAUAUCAAAUAUAUACUGAACAUGGCAGAAUCUACAUCGUAUCCCAAGGACUUUUUUAUUACUUCCGGAUGUCCACAUAUCCGUCUUUUUACUUUAGAUGCACAUGAUCUCGAUCACUUCGAUAUCUCUUCUCAUUUUUCAGCAGCCUUGAAUUUCAUUCAUAAAUCUUUACAAGCAGAUGAUGGUGCUGUACUGGUGCAUUGUUCCGCUGGUGUAUCUCGUUCAGCGACUAUUGUUGCUGCUUAUUUAAUGGCUGCGCAUCAGAUUGAUGCUACCGAAGCUGUGCAACGUGUGAAUCAAGCACGUCCAUGUGCUUGUCCCAACAUCGGAUUUAUUCAACAAUUACUUCGUUUCGAUUACAGAGGUUUUAAAUUUGAUUAA